AUGGCUGCUUUACAAGCUUCCUCUCUCUUAGUCUCUUCCUCCUCCUCUUCUUCUUUCUCUUCGGGUCGUUCUUCGAAGAGAACGAUCACCGCUUCGAUCCAAGUCCCAAAGCCCUCGAAACUCGGCCUUGGUGAUCCUCCUAGCGCUGCGAUCGCAAAGAAGCUAGUUGAGGAAUUGAGCACCAGGAAUGGCUAUGCCUUUGCAGAGCCGCUACAGAUGGACGCCGUCCAGAAAGAUAGGGUUUUGGAGCCGCGCCUAUCGCCUAUUCCUUCUGUCGAAACGAUCGUGAAGCUCUAUGCAAUCUUGGAGGCUGUCGAGGAUAGAGUGGAGAUGCAUGAUAACAUCGGCGAGCAGCGAGACAACUGGAACAAGCUCCUGUUGAACUCGGUCAACAUGAUGACUCUCACUGCCUCCACCACGGCCGCGAUGGCUGCAGCUGCACCGGCUCCAUCCUUGAGAGUGUGCUCCGCUCUCUUGUUCACAGCGGCCACAGGGAUGUCGCUUGUGAUGAGCAAAAUCCAGCCCUCGCAGUUGGCCGAAGAGCAACGUAAGGCCUCUAGGUUGUUCAAGCAGCUCCGGAGCGAGAUCCAAUCUAUGCUUGCGCUCCAAUCUCCAACUGAGUCAGACGUGGAGGAGACGAUGGAGAAGGUUCUGGCCCUUGAUAGAGCUUAUCCGCUGCCUCUGCUCGGAGCGAUGAUCGAGAAGUUCCCAGCGAAAUUUGAGCCUGCCGCAUGGUGGCCUAGGGUUUCCAACAACCGCCGUCAAUCCCGAGGACGGAAAACCGUCAAGAACAGGGAGCAAAACGGAUGGAGCAAGGACCUAGAAGUGGAGAUGAGAGCCAUCAUCCAAGUCCUCAAGAGCAAAGAUAAGCAAGACUACUUGAGGCUCGGGAAUCUGGCGCUAAAAUUGAAUAAGAUGUUGGCGAUUUCGGGUCCUUUGCUAGCCGGUAUUGCCACAGCUGGCUCGGCCUUUGGAGGCUCGACAGCCACGACAGUGGCAGCCAUUGCCGGUGCGAUGGCGGCCAUCAUCAACAGCUUCGAGCAUGGUGGUCAAGUCGGUAUGGUGGUGGAGAUGUACAGAAACGGCGCGGGAUUCUUCGAGCUUAUGGAAGAGACGAUCGAAGCGACGCUCGAAGAGCAGGACUACAGCAAGAGAGAGAACGGAGAGAUGUUCGAGAUGAAGGUGGCGAUGAAGCUGGGGCAGAGCUUGUUGGAGCUCCGAGAUUUAGCAAGAAAAUCAAUGGCUUCUUGUAUAGAAGGGACUGACGUGGAUGAGUUUGGAAGCAAGCUUUUCUGAACUCCUUUGAACAAAGAUAGAUAGGGGUACAUACAAGACAUGUACAAUUUGGCUCAAAACAUGAUUCCUUCAUUCUUUAAUUCUUGGUGCAUAUUUUGU